AUGCAGCUCAUCAACAACCUCGUCCUCCUCGCGGCCGCCGCCUCCGCCCACCCCUCCCUCCACGGCCACCAGCACUUCCACGAGCGCCGCACCGUCGACGCCGUCCAGGAGCGCGACGCGACCUUCAUCAAGAACGUCGCCCCCGCCGCGUCCUCCACCACCUCCUCCGCCGCCCCUGCCGCCACCUCCUCCGGCUCCUCCUCCGGCACCGGCGUCUACACCCCCUUCUGCUCCGGCAAGACCAAGCGCGCCACCAUCGAGCAGAUCGCCUACUCCGGCAACACCGGCGCCGACGGCGACUGGGGCUGCAACAUGCAGAUCAUCGACGAGAACGCCCUGAGCCUGUACAACUACACCACCACCUUCACCUCCUCCAAGGACAGCUUCACCUGCUCCUGCUUCAACAAGAUCGGCCCCAAGGGCCUGAUCGACGGCGCCUGGUUCGCCGCCAUCACCUUCACCGUCAAGGAGGGCGCCGACAAGCACGUCGCCUUCGAGGCCGACUCCCAGGGCUCCUGCGCUUGCGGCCCCGGCUCCGAGGUCCCCAAGACCUUCAUCGGCCAGUUCGCCGGCACCUGGCUCGAGUUCGACUGGGGUUCCACCCCCAACGGCGGCAACUCCGGCGCUGAUGCCUCCGUCCUCGUCGCUGCUGCUUCCAGCAUGAGCUACUACGGCAUGAAGGUCGUCGCCAACGACAAGACCUGCUCGUGGGUCAAGUCCGACGGCACCAACGAGGGCGCCUACAUGUCCGGCAUGGAGGCCGAGGACGGUGUCGGCUGCAAGGGCUACUACACCGGCCACCUCGACGUCACCCUCGGCGACAACUUCUCCACCAACUAA